GCGCCAUUCACCCGUUUUCUGGAUUGAGAGAAGGUGUGUGCUUAGUGUCUCGAAUUCCGAUUUUUUUCAAAAAUGUCUGGCCGAGGAAAAGGUGGCAAAGCUAAGGGAAAAAGCAAGACCAGAUCUAGCAGAGCUGGACUUCAAUUUCCUGUGGGUAGAAUUCAUAGACUUCUUCGAAAAGGAAAUUAUGCUGAAAGAGUAGGUGCCGGAGCUCCCGUGUAUCUAGCUGCUGUGUUAGAAUACUUGGCCGCUGAGGUGUUGGAAUUGGCGGGAAAUGCCGCUCGUGACAACAAGAAGACACGUAUUAUUCCACGACAUUUACAGCUAGCCAUUCGAAAUGACGAAGAAUUGAACAAACUGCUUUCUGGAGUUACCAUUGCUCAAGGCGGUGUGCUUCCUAACAUUCAAGCUGUUCUACUUCCGAAGAAAACAGGCACAGGUCCCUCAACUGGCGGUAAAGCAUCUAAGAAAGGAGGACCUAGCCAAGAGUUCUAGACGCCAUUUAAAUCGAGCGUUGGUUUCCAACGGUCAUCGAAAUACCUGAACUUCAUAAAAUUUUUCAUGCAUCUUGAUUCUGAACUAUUCAUCUGCCUUCUUAUGUUUCCAUAUCAUAAACCAGUAUUCUAAAAUUUUUUAAGUGUGCGCAAAAUUUCUAAUAAAUUUACAAAAUUGUAAAAAAUGUGUUUUUGUUCUAUAGUUGAAACUGAACUUUUUUAUUAGGCCUAGAAAUAAUAGCAUAUCUAAAUAGUUAUCCCGAAUUAUAAUUUUUAUUUUAGGAUCCAUUUUAUUUUGAUAUUUUAUGUUCUACUAUUAAGAUGCGGUUUUCAAAGUUGAAUACGUUCAUUGGAUACUAAUACUAGAUAGGAGAUGUUUGAAAUAAAUUCGUUUUACAGAAAUAAUGUACUUAAUUUAGUUUCAUGUACUUGUCUUCAAAACGAUAAAAACUAAAUGCUUGGAAUGGGUUUUAAAUUAUGUAGCGUUAACGGUGCCUUAUUUAUUGAUUCAUGUUUUAUGGGGUCGUAGGGAAUGGAUUCAUUUGGUUGCAUGUUUGUAUUUGAAUGUAAUGUUUUUAGUUUUAACAAUUUUUACAUGUGAAAUUUUAUGUAUAUUCAAAAAUAAGUUCUUACUGUGGUAAAUUAAAAGCAUUCUUGAGAGUUUUAGAACUGAUGUAACACUGGCAUUGCAUACUUUGUGUUGGGUUGCACCAUUUUGUUGAAUGAAUAGCAUUAAAAACAUUUAUACUCUUGA